AUGGGUGUCCCAGCCUUAUUCCGAUGGCUUUCGCGAAAGUACCCAAAGAUUGUGCAAAAAGUGGUCGAAGAACCGGAUCAAGUUAUCGAUGGCGUCACGUAUCCGGCAGACUACUCGCGACCGAAUCCAAACGGCGAGACCGACAACCUGUACCUUGACAUGAACGGUAUCGUCCACCCUUGCUCGCAUCCCGAGAACCGCCCGCCGCCGGCGACCGAGGACGAGAUGUUUCUUGAGAUUUUCAAAUACACCGACCGGGUCGUCAACAUGGCGCGGCCGCGGAAAGUGCUCAUGAUCGCCGUCGAUGGCGUUGCACCGCGUGCAAAGAUGAACCAGCAGCGCUCGCGACGGUUUAAGUCCGCCCGAGAGGCGCAUCUGAAGGACAUGCAGAAGGAGCUCGUGCAGGAGCAGAUGGAGGCUAUGGGCCAGGUCAUUGACGAGAGCAUAAAGAAGAAGACGUGGGAUACGAACGUUAUCACUCCUGGCACUCCUUUUAUGGAUAAGCUCGCGGAGGCAAUUCGGUACUGGGUCGCGUUCAAGCUGAACAACGAACCCGGGUGGAAAGACCUCAAAGUUAUAAUAUCGGACGCGUCAGUACCCGGAGAAGGUGAACACAAGAUCAUGGAGUUCAUCCGCAGCCAGCGCCAGUCGCCAUUCCACGAUCCCAACACCAGCCAUGUGAUUUACGGUCUCGACGCCGAUCUCAUCAUGCUCGGUCUUGCGACGCACGAACCGCAUUUCCGUGUCCUGCGCGAAGAUGUCUUCAACAACUCCCAGCCCAACCAAUGCUCUCGAUGCGGUCAAGUCGGGCAUUUUGUUGCGCAGUGCAAAAACUCCGCGAUCGAAAUCGACCCGAACGUGCCCGAGCCGAAGAAACCAUUCAUCUGGCUGAGCGUGAGCGUUCUGCGCGAGUACCUCGCCAUGGACCUGGUCGUGCGCCCGCUGCCGUUCAAAUGGGACCUCGAGCGCGCGAUCGACGACUGGGUGUUUAUGAUUUUCUUUGUCGGAAACGAUUUCUUGCCUCACAUCCCGUCGCUUGAGAUUCGCGAGAACGGAAUCGAUAAGCUUAUUCGGGUGUGGAAAAUGCAUCUUGCUGUUAUGGGCGGAUACCUUACUACCGACGGGUCUGUGAAUCUCAAGAGUACAGAGUUGCUGCUGAAAGUCCAUGCGCAGGAGGAGGCGUCUAUUUUUGCGAAGCGACACGACAGCGAAAUGCGAAGGCAGGCCGGUCGGAACGGACAGCGCAACAACAACAACAACAACAACAACAACUACAACAACAACAACAACAACAACAACAACAGCGGCAACAACUCCUCUGCCUCGACGCCCAAGGACGCCACGCCGGUAGUGAAGCGGAACCAAGUAGACAUUGGUCCGAAAGCACUUCCGACCGAUAUCCCAUUAUUCACGCCGCAAGGCGGUGCGCCGGGAACGACAAAGACGAUCACGCCGAUGGCGGCGCCGGGCCUUGCGACGUUCAGCGCGAACGCGGCAAACAAGUCUGCAGCUUCUUUCCUUAAAGCGCAGUUGCUUGCGAAGAAAAGCGCGCCGGCUGACGAGCCAGAGACGUCUGCUAGUGUUGUGACUGACGAGACUGAGACGGUGGCUACUAGUGUCGAUGGAGAAUCGUCGCCGUCGCUGAAACGCAAGUCUAACGAUGGCGAUGAGGACGAGGAGACGGAGUCUGCCGUUGCUGACAAGAAGAUCAAGAUUGACGACGAAGGAGACGUUGAGGAUGACGAUACUCCUCUUGACGAUACCGAAGUGCUAGAAGACGGCGACGGCAUCGAUCUCACGGGCGAUGGAGACGACGUCCGGCUCUGGGAACCCGGGUAUCAUUACCGCUACUACGCGCUGAAGCUGCACGCAAAGACAAAGGAGGAGCAAGAGAAAGUCGCGCGGGAGAUGGUGCGGUCGUAUGUGGAAGGUGUGAGCUGGGUGCUGCUUUACUACUACCAGGGAUGUCCGUCAUGGACCUGGUACUAUCCCUACCACUACGCGCCUUUUGCGUCAGACUUUGUUGGUAUCGGCGAGCUUGAGAUUAAGUUUGACAUGGGCAAGCCGUUCCGGCCGUACGAGCAGCUGAUGGGUGUCAUGCCCUCAGCGUCGGCACAUACCUUGCCGCCUAUUUUGCGCGAGCUGAUGACGAGCGAGGAUUCCGAGAUUAUCGACUUUUACCCGGAGAAUUUUGCGCAGGACAUGAACGGCCAAGCUGUGGAAUGGAAGUCGAUCGCACUGCUCCCGUUCAUUGACGAGCAACGGCUUUUGAAAGCAAUCAACUCGCGAUACCCGCUCUUGACGGGCGAGGAGCAGGAGCGGAAUACGUACGGCAAUCAGGCACUAUUCAUCUCGGAUUCGUCAUGGCUCGGCAAAGCACUAGCCGAGAAACUGUAUCCGGACGGCAAACCUGCCGAGACGGAGGAAGAGCAGAAGAAAGAGGUGCGGAUACACCCGAAGCAGUCGCGCGGACUGAUAGGCCAGGUCAAGCCCGAGCCCAAGUACGAGCCGUACGGAUUCGUGCGGUGUCCGGUGGACAAGAGUCCCGAGAACUUUGUGUCAAAGUGGCUCGGCGGGGAGAUCAAGAAGUACGUCGACAUCCAGCGCAACCGGGCGAUCGCGGUGAUUUACCAGAUGCCGCCGAAACAUGAGGCGGCGCAUAAGAGUAUGCUGCUGCCGGGGUUUGUUGCCGAGGCGAAGGUGGUGGACGAGGGCGAGUUCUUUGCGGCCAGGAGCUCGUAUAAUCGGAACGGACCUGGAGGACGGGGCGGGUAUGGAAAUAGUGGGGGAAACAAUUUCCACAAUAACAACGGAGGAAAUCACAAUUACAAUCACCACAAUAACAGCAGCGGCUAUAACAAUAACCGCAGCAACUACAAUAACAACAACUACAACAACAACAACAGCAACUACAACAACAACAAUUACAACAACUAUAACAACAACAACUACAACAACAAUGGAAAAAACUACGGGGGCGGUCAUGGAGGCGGUAAUUCUUACCGCGGCGGACGAGGGCGUUGA